AUGAGCCCCCCGCGAGUCUCUCGUUUUCUCGAUCCCGCCAUGGCGGCGAUCACAAAGCACAAGGCUGAAGCCAUAAAGCUCGCACGCGAGCAAAGCUCUGCUGUCGAGGAGAUGUGUCGCAGAGCGAAGACCGAGGUGCCGCCGUACGAAUUCGAAGAACUGAUCGGCAAAGGCUCAUAUGGUCGAGUUUACAAAGGCCAUCAGCUCCCCUCCCGCAAGCUCGUGGCGAUCAAAGUCCUGGAUAUAGACACCAUGGACUACAAAUCUCUGCGAGACUUUCGCGACGAAUCGAUUAAGGAUUUCAUCCGCGAGGCGAAAGUGAUGAAACAGGUCAAAGACUCUGGGGCGAAAAACAUCAACGAACUGAUCGAGGCCAUCUCCAUUCAUUCGCAGCUGUGGCUGGUUUGCGAAUAUUGUCCUGGUGGCAGUGUUCGAACCCUGAUGCGAGCUACCGAUGACCGCUUAGAAGAGAAAUUCAUCAUUCCUAUUGCACGUGAACUUGCUGCUGGCCUCCGUGCCAUUCACAAAGCUGGUAUCAUCCAUCGAGAUAUCAAAGCCGCAAACGUCCUGAUCCACGAAGAAGGAAACCUCCAGAUCUGUGAUUUUGGUGUUGCUGGCGUUCUCAAUUCUCAGGUGGACAAACGAUCAACCUGGAUCGGAACCCCCCAUUGGAUGCCACCAGAGAUGUUUUCGACCCGCGGCGAAGCUCACAAAUAUGGGAGUGAAAUCGAUGUCUGGGCGUACGGAUGCACAAUCUUCGAAAUUGCUACGGGAAGCCCUCCUAACUCGAACCUUCGUGAACGCAUGCAGAUUGGCAGACAACUAAACCGCAACACCCCCAAGCUGGACAAUUCAAAGUACAGUGAGGGCCUCAAGAGUCUCGUAUCAUAUGCCCUGGAAUCGAACCCCAUCGCUCGACCUGCAAUGACAGACAUCUUAACUCAUUCCUACAUCGCCGAUACCGAGGAAUCUCACCCUACGUCGUCCCUGAGCGAGCUGGUCCGCAUGUAUUAUCAGUGGUCACAGCGUGGUGGACAGCGCAUCUCAUUGUUUCAUCCUGGCGGUGCUGCCGCUGCAGAGAUGCCAGAUACCGCGCCAAGCGACGAGGACUGGAAUUUUAGCACCACGGAUGGUUUUGAGCGUCGCUUCUCUGUCAUUGACCUCGAUCAGUUGGCGGCCUCCAUCGCCGAGCUAGAGGCAGAGAUCAGCCCUACCACGAAACCACAGUCCAUGCAAGACUUCCCUGAAGAACCGAUCGAUGAGGAGGAGACAGCGGAAGACAAAGCCAAUUUCGAUGAGCGGGUCCGUCGUGGUGCGGAAGCCAUGGAAGGCCUGUUCAACGAGGACAAGCCAAGCUACACCUACGAGACAAAGAACGACUUCGUCCCCAUUGAACCUAAACCCCCCGCAUCCGACCUUCCUCUGCGCACGGACACCGAUCGUUCUUCUGUCACCUCUACCUUCAUCGACAUCGAUAUCGGAUCGUUUGACUCGUCGCAUUAUGCAGCAGGAGCGUCAUCUGCGCAGCCCUUCCAGCUCGCAGACGCUGACACCAUUCGCGCAAAUAGAUCCAGCGGUCGUCAACAGCGCAAUUCCACCGAUGGCCGUUCUCGAUCUUCGAGCAGCGGCGUUAGCAGCACUCGUGAUCCUGAUGACGUGCCAUUCCAACCAUCAACUGGCCCACGACCUCCUACCAUGGACUGGAAGUUCCCAGUUUUCAUGCAACCUGCGGAAGAAGAGGAGCCCGAGCCUGAGCCCGAGCCCGAGCCUGCGCAACCCCCCAAGUCAGUCGAGCCAGACACUUCUGAGAAGCGCGCCACGAUGGAGUGGACCUUCCCUGUCAUGACUGCUCCGGCCAACGACGAACCAAUGAGCCAUGAUAGCGAUGCCGACGUGAGUCGCAACAACACUCUGAAAGCACCCAUCAUGAGUCUACAGACUUCGAACACCGUCCGACGCUCAAGCAUCGGCGAGCCUGGUGAUUCGCGACCGUCCACUUCGCGAUCCGGUGAUUCUAACGUGUCUGCCAUCUCUGAAGCUGACUAUGAUCCAUUCCGAUUCGACCGUCCUUCUACCCCUCCAGGUGCUCCAGCCACUGAGACCAAGACCUUUGACGAGUCGGAUUUUCCUACAAUGUCCUUCGAUGAAGACGAGGAGACGAAUGUUCUUGAUGGGCCUGGGCCAGACGAGGAGGAUGAGUCAACUUCUGCCUGGCAGGCUAGUUCUGAAUCACACCCACACUCCGAGCCGUUCCCAACCGCCAUCCCUAUCAAGGAGCUCGAAAUGGCACCCUUCCCCCCUAGCACAGACUCCCCAACCACUGAGCCUCUGCCCACCGCCAGACGCACCCUUCCUAUUCUGUCUACCGAGGACACUGAGCCUGUUCGGUUCCCCGACGUUCCGCUUCCCAGACUCGACGCUUUGACUGAGGGUGCCGGUGAUAACGCCAUCAAAGUGGAAUUGGACAGAAUGUUGGAUGGUUUCCUGCAUGCUCUCAAUGCGACCGGACGUGCGAUCUCCCAGACCACGGUCGGUCCUGAGGCUGAACCCAACUCUGACAUCGUCUCUACCCCUGAACAUUCCGAGUGAGAAAGGAUGAUGUUGAAAAAGAGCACAUCCCUAAACAAAAGCAAAAGCUCAACACAAAAGCAAAUUCGAAAUAGAGCCUUUCCUUCAUUCAAUCUUGUAUCUUGUUUUCAAAAGGUCCAAUAGUGGUGCUUUAAAGAUGAUCUUGGACAAUUUGGAAUCCAGUUUGCCGCAUGUAUUUGACACGACGGAGAUGAUGAACACAUGACUAACGACAAUUGAUCUUGCAUUGCUUGUAUUCAUAGGGGGAUGUCUUCGUGGCUGGCGACUCAUUCCUGACGUGGUGUAUGC